AUGGCGGCUGCUCUUCAGCAACACGGGGGGCCCGGGGGAGCUGGGGGCGACGGCGCUGCACCUGGCGCUGACCUUUCCACCCAAGCUCGAGCAAUCAAGUACAGGAAGUGCCACACGGCGUUCGAGCGAUACCCUGGCACCCCAAUGGGAAUGCACAUGCUGGACAAGAUCAAGCAAGACUCCUUGGUUCGUGCAGGCGUGCAAGCGGAGUUCUUCGACCCGGCUGGCCGCCGCCUCAUCGUCCCACACGAGCUAAACGUUCGGAAGAACAACAUCCAGAUACAGCGCUUCAAGCGAAGCAUCCUGAAGUACGGGAACAUUCAAGGGGUCCGAGGUGGCGCGAUUGCUGUGCUGUCUUCGGCUCCAGGCGAGAGCAAUGGGAUCCCCCCGUGGAGAAUGCUUACCUAUGGAUCAGUCUCUCGCGCCGUGUACUUGGCGGUGGACGAGAACACGACGGAUCCUGUCCAGAAGAAAAACGUCGAGGCUACGUUGUCGGCGGGCCUUGUCCUCGAUGAGUACGAGAGCGCCAUGCCGAUCGACUGUGUGGAGCACAUCCGCGACUUUUACAACACCUUCCACGGAGGGGUGGGGAUAACCUUCCUCGAAAUCAUCGACAAAGUUGAGACUGCGGACUCGGAGUGGAAGCAGCUGUCCGACUUCCUUGACAAGCACUACAAGGAGAUCUACGAUACCCGGGGGCUCUUCUUGGCGGCGCGCAGCUUGAUGAACACGUUGAAGAAGCUGGGUAAUAUGUGGCCCAAGUUCCAACAUAUUCUUGGAGACGAGUGCGAUUUCCUUGCCCCCGGCUUGAAUCACAAGAUGAUGCUCAAAAUGCUGCACUACUGGAGCACGCAGGUGGCUAAGUUGAUUGGAACAGUCCACUGGUCCACCGAGGACCUCGCCAGAUUGUUCAUCCAGGGCGCCAGGUUCAUCUUCCCGACCGAGGACUGCCAGAAUUGGCUCAUCGACAGCAUGAGCACCCAGAACCAGGACAAGAUGAAGCUGAUCGUGACUGAGAUGGCUGACAGCAUUGUGUACGCGGAGGCAAAGGCGAAGGCCGUCGAAGCAGCCAAGGCAAAGGCCAAGGCCACGCCCAACCCGCAGCCGCCACCUCACAAGAAAGCCAAGCAGUCCAAGACCGCAGACGCCGCGAGCAAUGCGUCCAAUCUCAAGCUGAAGGUCGCCUUGAAGAACGGGAAGGAGCUAGACGUUGUGUGGAUCGACGACGUGCAGGUGAUGUACGUCGAGGCUCGGAGCAACUACGAGGACCAGAUCUACUCCACGAGCUUGUUGUUCUGUUGGAACACCAACAUCAGCAUAAGCGGGAUGACCUUUACCGCCUGGUCAGUGCUGCGGCCGAAGUUGGCAGGCGCAAUUACUUCUGCAAAUGUCUCCGGGAUCAAACAGUCCGAUUCCGCCGCUACUCGAGGAGCCGGGGCCGCGUCGGCGUCGGCAGACGCAUCUUCUUCAGAGUCGUCAGCGGGACUGUCAGCUGUUGGUGCAGCGCUGCUCCAGGUCCUGGGCAAGGUUACUGGGAAAGAUGAGGUGACAUCUCGUCGGAAGCUUUCGGGCCAUACUUCGUCCAUCCCUGUGACAGAGGAAGACAUCACCUCCAGCGUGGCCAUGCUCAAAGAUCCCAUCACAGCGUUCAUGCAGGAGAACCCGCCCUCUAUGAGGAUCAAGUUCCAUCCGUCUUUGACCCCGGCGAGUGUGAAGGUCGAGAUGGCCGCCCAGGAGUUCAAGGACAAGAGCCUCAGCGAGCCGAAGACCCACCCAUCCAUCAGCGACUUGAUGAAGAUCAUCGCGGCUGCGCUACCCUUCAGGCUCGAGUGGAUGGACCUCGCAGCCGACAUCACGGAGUUCACAGUGCAGCAGGGCGGUUUCCCAGGAGCGGCGGUGUCCGACCUCUUCGCAGACACACAAAGCACCACCGUCUUCGCGCUCCUCCGAGGUAAGUACGCCAUGAGCAUGCUACAUCAGUUGGUCGCUAAGGAUGAACAGUUCGGACAGUCCAGCCAGAACCCUGCGUCCAAGCACUUGUUUGAUAUCGUGAUGGCCGUGCCGCCGCUGGACUCGAAUCUGUUCCAUAUGUUGGGCGUCUGGGACAUGAACCUGAAAGCCAAGUCGAUCGACUACUGGGUGCAGGCAUGGGCAUCAUUAUUUGACGAGAUUGUGAAAAUUGAGAACGCCAGUCCACGCGAUGCUCUUUGGCUUACCGUGGAGAAGCGUGCCAAGGGGGCCUUCAAAAGGAAGCUCUUCCCCUCCGGCUCACAUGAUUCCCAGCCGACGUCGGAGUCGCAACCUUCUCAAUGGCCAGCUCAAGCUCCGCAAGCCGACGGUGCGCAGACCGCGCCGGAACCAGAGUCGAAGCCUGAGACGCAGGAGGAUAACAAGCCUGAGACGAAGGAGAAGAAGACCACCACCGUCGAUUCCAUCGUGGGCUUCGACACUGUUAACACGUACAUUGGCACCAACGUACUCGACGCAAUGGAGCUGGAACGGGACACCGACUCACCAGUGAUCAUGAUCCCGAAAAGCCAUUUCCAAGCUGGCAUGCUCAAAACGCUGUGCAAGGCAAUCGAGUCGCACCUCUUCAUCCGCGAGUUCCAGGUCCAGGCCAGCGCGUUCGACAAGAUCAAGGUGGACAGCAGCAACGGGAGGGUCUACGCCGACGCUAAGCAGGACACGCAGUUCAAGCUGAGCGUCUGCGGCAACGUGACCUGUUUCAGGACCGACGGGUGUUUGCUGCUGGCGAAGCUUCACAUCAUGGACGAG